GAUUGAGUUGAGAAUGGGGCACAGUUCGAAGAAGAAGAAGAAGCAUGGAGGAGGAGGAGGAGGAGGGAGUGGACGUAGGAGUAAAGGAAGAGCACCUUCCACAGAUCAUGCUUCUCAAUUCGGCGUCGAUGAUAACGAGCAGCUUUCCGAAGAGAUUACUGCAUUAUGUGCAAUUUUUCAAGAGGACUGCAAGGUUCUUCCUGGAUCUCCUCCUCAAGUAGUCAUUAAGCUCAGGCCCUACUCAAAGGACAUGGGCUAUGAAGAUGUAGAUGUUUCUGCUGCUCUUGUUGUUAGGUACUUACCUGGAUAUCCCUUCAAGUGUCCAAAGUUGCAGGUUACUCCUGAGAAUGGCUUAUCUGAAACUGAUGCUCAUCGUCUUUUGUCUCUCCUCCUUGAUCAGGCUAAUUUAAAUGCUAGGGAGGGACGAGUAAUGAUCUUUAAUUUAGUUGAGGCAGCCCAAGAAUUUCUGUCUGGAAUUGAGCCAAUUGCCAAAUCAACUGAAUCUAACAUUUUACAGUCAACUAUGGAAAGCACUGAAGAAUCGUUUCUCAAGGAUAUGUCAUCUUCAAAUAAGAAUAGAACCUUUGUUUAUGGUUUCAUAGACCUUUUCAGUGGCUAUGGAGAGUCAUGGACUUGGGGUUUUGGAAUGGAUGAAAUUUCUGGAAAAAAUUCUUCUCUUCCUCCCUCGAAGUUAGAUUCCUCAAAACCACGUUUUGAGGCCCGGGAAAAGAAAUCUGAUAGUAAGGAAAAACCGUUAAUAAUGGAAGAACUUCCUGCCAAACUAGAUACUGUUGGAGAAGUGAGCGAAGACAGUAAAAAUAGCUUAUUUUUGACUCAUUCAAGUAGAUCUCUGGUGGAUGAUUUUGCAGGGAAUGACAAUGAAGGUGAGAAAGAGUAUUUUAUCGUUGAUGAGUAUACAACAGACGAUAAUGAAGGUAUGUAUGAAAGUGAGUCUUCAGAGUCUUUGUCUUCUCAUCACCAACCAUCUGAAAUAGUUGCAAAGGAUCUAAUAAUGGUUCACAUGCUUCGCCUUGUUUGUGCUUCCAAAGGAACACUGGCUGACUCUUUGCCACAAGUAGCAACAGAGUUGUAUAAUUUAGGGAUCUUUUCUGACUCGGCACGUGAUAUGGCCACUCAACCGCAUUCGCUUUUCAACAAAACCUUUGAUCAUGUUUUCCAGAAACACAUGGCUUCAUCCAAAACAUCUCAAUUUUGGAAACCUUCUGAUCUUGGAGGCUCAACCCACAGUUCUCGAUAUUUGAAUGAUUUUGAGGAGCUACAGUCUCUUGGUCAUGGUGGUUUUGGCCAUGUUGUGUUGUGCAAAAAUAAACUCGAUGGAAGGCAGUAUGCAGUAAAGAAAAUUCGCCUAAAAGACAAAAGCAUGCCUGACCGAAUAUUAAGGGAAGUAGCUACACUUUCUCGUUUACAGCAUCAACAUGUUGUUCGGUAUUAUCAGGCAUGGUUUGAAACUGGAGUUGCUGAUUCUUAUGGUGAUCCUGCUUGGGGUUCAAGGACUCCAGGGAGCUCUACUUUCAGCUAUAAAGCUGCAAGCUCCAACAAUGCCUUUGGGCAUGAGAAUCAGCUUGAAUCAACAUACCUUUAUAUACAAAUGGAGUACUGUCCUGGGACUCUUCGCCAGGUGUUUGAAUCAUAUAAUAAUUUUGACAAAGAAUCGGCAUGGCAUUUGUUUCGCCAAAUAGUGGAAGGCUUGGUACACAUACAUGGGCAAGGGAUUAUUCAUCGGGACUUAACACCAAGUAACAUAUUCUUUGAUGCACGCAAUGAUAUUAAAAUUGGUGAUUUUGGUCUCGCCAAGUUCUUGAAGUUGGAGCAACUGGAUCAAGAUCUGAACCAUCCUGCUGUUACGACUGGAGUUUCCAUUGAUGGCACUGGACAAGUUGGGACGUACUUCUAUACAGCUCCUGAAAUUGAGCAAGGAUGGCCCAAGAUUGAUGAAAAGGCUGAUAUGUACAGCUUAGGAGUGGUUUUCUUUGAGCUUUGGCACCCAUUUGGAACAGCAAUGGAGAGACAUGUUGUUUUAUCUGACCUGAAACAAAAAGGGGAGCUUCCUCCUGCUUGGGUUGCUGAGUUUCCAGAACAGGAAUCGUUAUUGCGGCGGUUAAUGUCUCCGGGUCCUUCAGAUCGCCCUUCUGCCACAGAACUUAAAAAUGCACUUCCCCCGCGAAUGGAAUCCGAAUUAUUGGAUGAUAUCCUACGAACAAUGCAGAAAUCAGAGGAUACAAGCAUAUAUGAUAAAGUUUUAAAUGCCAUCUUUGAUGAAGAGAUGUUAAGCACAAAACACAUUCGCCAUGUUGGUGGAUUGGGGUCAGUUGGAGAAAACAGUUCAUCCAUUCUGUACCCAGAUUUUCAAACUGAGGUUCGAGAUUAUGUUGCAGAUGUCAACAGGGAAAUUUUCAGGCAGCAUUGCGCAAAGCACCUAGAAAUUUUAACAAUGCGAUUAUUGGAUGGUUGUCAACAGUUUAAUAGAAAUGCAGUUAAACUUCUGACCCAUGGAGGAGACAUGCUUGAACUUUGCCACGAGCUGCGUUUGCCUUUUGUGAACUGGAUUAUAUCUAACCAGAAAUCUUCGUUCAAACGAUAUGAGAUAUCUUGUGUCUACAGAAGAGCAAUUGGUCAUUCAUCUCCAAACCGCUUCCUUCAGGGAGAUUUUGACAUUAUUGGUGGUACCUCAGCAUUGACAGAGGCAGAGGUCAUAAAGGUCACAAGGGACAUAGUCACUUGUUUUUUCCAUUCAGACUCAUGUGACAUUCAUCUAAACCACGGUGACCUCCUGGAUGCAAUUUGGUCAUGGAUUGGAGUCAAGGUAGAACACAGACUUAAAGUAGCAGAGCUUCUUUCAAUGAUGGGUUCUUUGCGUCCACAAUCCUCAGAAAGGAAAUCAAAAUGGGUAGUGAUAAGGCGGCAGCUUUUGCAGGAACUGAAUUUAGCAGAAGCUAUGGUAAAUAGGUUGCAGACAGUAGGUUUAAGAUUCUGUGGAUCUGCAGAUCAGGCACUUCCCAGAUUAAGAGGAGCUCUUCCAUCAGAUAAACGUACGUUCAAGGCACUUGAUGAAUUGUCUGAGCUUGUCAGUCUCUUGAGAAUUUGGAGGAUUGACAAAAAUGUCUAUAUAGAUGCAUUAAUGCCGCCAACUGAAAGUUAUCAUAGAGAUUUGUUUUUUCAGGUAUACUUGAGGAAGGAGAACAGUCCUGGGUCGCUUUCUGAAGGUGUCUUGCUGGCUGUUGGUGGUCGAUAUGACUUUUUGCUUCAUCAGUUGUGGAGUCAAGACUAUAAAGGAAAUUCCCCCACUGGGGUGGGGAGUAGCCUUGCAAUAGAGACAAUAAUUCAGAAUUGUCCUGUGGAUUUUAAGCCCAUUAGAAAUGAAGCCAGCACCAGUAUUCUUGUCUGUUCAAGAGGAGGAGGUGGUCUGUUGGAGGAGCGCAUGGAACUAGUUGCUGAACUAUGGGAGGAGAACUUUAAGGCUGAAUUUGUUCCCACCCCUGAUCCAAGUUUUACAGAGCAGUAUGAGUAUGCUAACGAACAUGAUAUCAAAUGUCUUGUCACCAUCACAGAUACAGGUUUCUCCCUGACAGAUUCUGUUAAGGUUCGACACCUUGAACUUAAGAAGGAGAAAAACGUCGAAAGACAAAACCUAGUCAAGUUUCUAUGGGAUGCUAUGGCAACACAGUUUAGAAACCCCGCCAUUUGGAUUUGAUUAGAAGCUCAACUGUUUUGCCUUAUACAUUAGUAGACGAUGGAGUUGUUCUUGGAUCAUACUGAAUAUCACCUGAUUAUGUUUCAUUCAGCAGCUGAACAAUAGAUUCUGAGUAAACCAGAUUAUCAACAGGAUGCCUUCCACCUGAAUGUAGAAGAAAAUUCAUAUAGAUCAGUUUUGCAGCUUUAUUUGAUUGUCCUCUCUCUCUCUAUUUUUUGUAGUUUUUUUUUUUUUUUGGUGCAAAGAGGUGAUGUAAAUAUUACUGUAACUUUUCUUUGUGUUCUUUACUUUCUGCCCUCACUGUUAGUAAGGUGUACUAGUUCUAAUAUGCUGAUGUGUAAAGGUAACAUAAUGUAAUCAAUUCAGUUUCGUUUAGUUACUGAUUAGUUGAGUAUGACUCAUAAGCUGAGUCAUCACUAAGGCUCUUAAAUAGAGCUUGUAUCAGAAUACUGUGAAUGUUUCUUUCUCUCUCUUACAUGCAAAUACA